AUGAAUAUAGAAUAUAGAACUUAUUCGCACUCUAACAAUGAAUUACGUAAAUAUUAUUGGAAAUGUUUUGAAUGUGAGGAUAAAAUAUUUAAAACAAUUGAAAAAUUAAAAUUACAUUUUGAAGAUAUCCAUUGUGAAACACCUGUUCAAUAUGUUUGUUUAAAAUGUUCAGAAAACUUUCAUACAAUCGAACAAUUACAAUCACAUAUUCAUCAACAACAGCAUUCUAUACAUAAUGAUCAAUCCGUUGUACAAAUUGGCGAUAAAUAUGUUUGUGAUACGUGUAAAAAAGAAUUUAGUAGUAGGAAGAAUAUAUUGGUACAUCGUUUCAUACAUUUAGGUAUAAAAAGAUAUUCAUGUAACGAAUGCGGUAAAAGUUUCAUGCAACGUCCACAUUUAAAAAAUCAUAUGGCAAUACAUUCAGAUGCAACACCGUUCAGUUGUACUCAAUGUCAAAAAAAAUUUAAAACUAAAGAUAAUUUACGCAUUCACAUGCGAAGUCAUGUACCAAAAGAAACACGGUUGAAAUUCGAGUGUGAUGUAUGUCAAAAAAAAUUUACAUCAACUUCGAACCUAAAUUAUCAUAAAAAAAUUCAUUCAGGAAUUCCAGAAUUUACUUGCGAAUAUUGUGGGAAAAGAUUCUUACAUAAAGGAAAUUUACAAGAGCAUACUUUAAUCCAUUCAACAGAUGUUGGAUCAUAUCACUGUGAACAAUGUCCUAAAACAUUUAAAAAUAUUUCUCGAUUACGACAGCAUCAACUACGUUUUCAUAGCCAUACAAAACCCCAUAUUUGUGAUGUAUGCGAGAAAAGGUUUCGUAUAAAAAGUGAAUUAAUCGAACAUAAACGAAUACAUUCAGGUGAAUUGCCAUUUGAAUGUGAUUUUUGUACAAAAAAAUUUCGUUUAAAGAAAACUUUAAAGAUACAUUUACGUCAACAUACAGGUGAAAAACCAUAUUUCUGUACGAAUUGUAAUCAUCAUUUUACAAAUUCAUCAAAUUUUAAUAAGCAUUUGAAAAUUCGACAUGGUGGUGGAGUUUUAACAGAUAAUAAAGUCACCAUUACCAGUAAUACUAAAACGAAUAUUCUAACAUCUUCCUCUUAAUUUUGAAGCUUUGAAGAGU